AUGCGCAUCCUCUCCAUCGGCCUCCUCCUCCUCGCCAGCGCGCUCACAGCGCAGGCCUGCACAUACUGCCAAUGCGAAUUCGAAGACGGCUCGCACUGCUGCGUCUACUCCGACGUAACGCAGGGAAACCUUGACUGUCCCUCUGUGUGCAAGAAUGCGCAUCGCGCGGACGGAAAGACGAGCGAUGAUGGUAUGCCCGGGACUGCUUGCAAUGCCGGCGGGAAGUAUAAGUGUGCUUCUGCUUUUACGGCGUUGGAUCGCACGCCUUGUUAUAAGCAGUAG